AUGACUCGCGGGUCGUUGCUGCUCUUGCUGGCCUUGGCGGUGCUCGCGCCCGCGAUCAUCCGGACUGCGUCGUUCAGUGACGGAGCCGACGGCGUCAUCGGCCAGACGGACUUGCCCUGGCACCCGACCCACGGGAACCCCAGCCCUCCCAGCACGUGGCUUGGAGUCGACGGAGGGCCGUUUGCCGUGCACGUGCCGGCCGCCGUCGGAAGUCCACCGCCGGUGAUCCAGGAGAACUACGUGGCGUCGGACUUUGGCCUGACGGUCCUCGCGGCGUCGGUGAACAACUCGGCGUUCCCCCGCAGCAGCAAGGGCCCGUACUUGGACGACGUGACGACGGCACUGACCCUGAGUCUCACGGACCCGCAGGGCGCGGCCAACCUGCUGCUGGGGACGUACCACGUCGGCGACGACAUCGGCGCGGCGCGCACGGGCGUCCCGACGGGGCAGUACUGGGGCGACGUGUACAACUCGGCGUCGGGCUGCUUCAACGCCUCGUCCGCCUUCUGGGCGUGCAGCUUUGAGGACAACGCGGUCGUGUCCUCCGGGGCCGGCGCCCCGAAGCCGUGGGUCGGCGCGUACGUCACGGACGUGGACGUCGUGGCGGUGAUGAACCCGGUGACGGCCGCGCCGGCGCGCGCGCAGUCGAACCUGGUCGGGUACUUCAUUGUGGUGAAGGAUAUUUUGACGACCAGCAAGACCACGGCGGGCGUCGGCGACUUCCUGGCCACGGGGACGCGCGUCUUCUUCUUCGACUACCUGGCGUUCAAGUCCGGGCUGUCCACGGGCAACCUCGGCGGCGGCACCUUCCACAACAACAUCGCGGGCAACAACUCGCCCAGCACCUGCACGGCCGGCAACGUCACGGACUGCGCGGCCAAGUCGUUCUACCACCUCAGCAGCAGAGAGAGGAUGCUCGGCGCCGUCGGGGUCGCCCCGACAACCGGCGUGUCGCUCGUGAACUACACCGCCGCGGCACUCGCCGCCUCGAACGGCAGGCCGCACCUGGGCACGCCGUGGAGCGGGCAGGCCUUCGACGGGCUGCGCGGGUCGGCGAGCUGCGGGCAGUCGACCCAGGACGCGUCCCGCGUCGUCUGCGCGACCGGCGUGGCGUGGAACGCGAGCCUGCUCACCGCGGCCGUCAACACUCUCCGCGUCUACAGCUGGCCCAUUCCCACGUCGCCCACGUCUAUUUCGGGACCCGCCGACCUCACAGGCGCGUUCAUAUCCUCCUUCGUCGGCGGGCAGAUCAGGACCUACUGGGGAACGACGCGCAACAACGUGCAGAUCUGCCGGUUCCUGCGGACCGACGGAGACUGGGUGUUCUGCUCCGACGGCAACUCACGGAUGGCGUACUUCUUCCUAUUGCCGGCUCUAGGGUUCCCGUCGGGAUCGUACAUCACCAACGCUGGCGCCUUCCCCGUGAGCGCGGGCAACGGCGGCGUCGUGGAGCCGGGCCAGGGGCUGGGGGCUGCCUCAACGCUUUGCGGCGACAUCGCCAUCGACCGCGACUCUCCGUCGAAGGGCCUGGUCUGGGCCUGCCGAGCGCAGACCACCCCGACGGUGUCUGUUGAUGGCAUCUACCUGUACCGGCGCGCCAACUGGACGGGCUCGUCGUGGGACGCCCCGGGCCUGCGCUUCUGGAACGCGACGGCGAUCCCGUCCGGGUCGACCUUCACGGCGGGCCCGCACGGCCCGGUCAAAAGUACCCUUGCGUCAACGCAGUUUGGCAACUCUGUCAGCAUGGCGAACAACAACAUCAUGGUGGGGGACCUAGACCGCGUGCACUUCUUUGAGAUCGACACGACGCUCCUGGCCAACAACACUCCCCCGGGGGGCAUCAACACUCAAGGUCUCGGCACCUCGUUUGGCUUCUCUACCGUCAUAGCGAAUGUUCUCGCGUUCAGGACUCAGGCGUCGGUCGGCUUCACUGGCCGCAAGGUCGCGAUGUCCUCUCUCGGGGGGGACUUGAACACCACACUCCCCUUCGUCCAGGCCGCGGCGCAGCCCAACUCCUUCUCCCUCAACAACCGCGGCCCCCGCGCCGCGCUGUACACGCUGGAGCGCAGCUUCUGCGCCAACGGUGUUCGGCAGAUCAUCCGGACUGCGUCGUUCAGUGACGGGGCCGACGGCGUCAUCGGCCAGACGGACUUGCCCUGGCACCCGACCCACGGGAACCCCAGCCCUCCCAGCACGUGGCUUGGAGUCGACGGAGGGCCGUUUGCCGUGCACGUGCCGGCCGCCGUCGGAAGUCCACCGCCGGUGAUCCAGGAGAACUACGUGGCGUCGGACUUUGGCCUGACGGUCCUCGCGGCGUCGGUGAACAACUCGGCGUUCCCCCGCAGCAGCAAGGGCCCGUACUUGGACGACGUGACGACGGCACUGACCCUGAGUCUCACGGACCCGCAGGGCGCGGCCAACCUGCUGCUGGGGACGUACCACGUCGGCGACGACAUCGGCGCGGCGCGCACGGGCGUCCCGACGGGGCAGUACUGGGGCGACGUGUACAACUCGGCGUCGGGCUGCUUCAACGCCUCGUCCAUCACCUGGAGCUGCAGCUUCCCAAACAACUUGAUUGCUGUGUCUUCCUCGGCCGGCGCCCCGAAGCCGUGGGUCGGCGCGUACGUCACGGACGUGGACGUCGUGGCGGUGAUGAACCCCAACGCGCCGCAGCGAACGCAGUCGAACCUGGUCGGGUACUUCAUUGUGGUGAAGGAUAUUUUGACGACCAGCAAGACCACGGCGGGCGUCGGUGACUUCCUGGCCACGGGGACGCGCUUCUUCUUCUUCGACUACCUGGCGUUCAAGUCCGGGCUGUCCACGGGCAACCUCGGCGGCGGCACCUUCCACAACAACGUCGUGAACAACAACUCGCCCAGCACCUGCACGGCCGGCAACGUCACGGACUGCGCGGCCAAGGCGUUCUACCACCUCAGCAGCAAGGAGGUCAUGCUCGGCGCCGUCGGGGUCGCCCCGACAACCGGCGUGUCGCUCGUGAACUACACCGCCGCGGCACUCGCCGCCUUCUCGAACGGCAGGCCGCACCUGGGCACGCCGUGGAGCGGGCAGGCCUUCGACGGGCUGCGCGGGUCGGCGAGCUGCGGGCAGGCGGCCUCGGACCCGUCCCGCGUCUUCUGCGCGGACGCCGUUGCGUGGAACCCGAGCCUGCUCACCGGGGCUGCCAACACUAUUCGCCACUACACCUGGCCCAUUCCGACGUCCCCCACGUCCAUCACGGGACCCGCCGACGGCACGACCGCGUUCGCGAGCUCCACGGCCGGCGGCCAGCUCAGGACCUAUUGGGCCGUGACGCGCAACAACGUGCAGAUCUGCCGGUUCCUGCGGACCGACGGAGACUGGGUGUUCUGCUCCGACGGCAACUCACGGAUGGCGUACUACCACGUGUUUCCGGCCGUCGGCUCUGUCGUUGGGGCGACUUAUGAGACCGGCGCCUUUCCAACUGCGACCCUUAACAACGGCGGCGUCGUGGAGCCGGGCCAGGGGCUGGGGGCUGCCUCCACGCUUUGCGGCGACAUCGCCAUCGACCGCGACUCUCCGUCGAAGGGCCUGGUCUGGGCCUGCCGAGCGCAGACCACCCCGACGGUGUCCGUUGAUGGCAUCUACCUGUACCGGCGCGCCAGCUGGUUGGGCUCGUCGUGGGACGCCCCGGGCCUGCGCUUCUGGAACGCGACGGCGAUCCCGUCCGGGUCGACCUUCACAACGGGCGCGCACGGCCCGGUCAAAAGUACCGUUGCGUCAACGCAGUUUGGCAACUCCGUCAGCAUGGCGAACAACAACAUCGUGGUGGGGGACCUAGACCGCGUGCACUUCUUUGAGAUCGACACGACGCUCCUGGCCAGCAACACUCCCCCGGGGGGCAUCAACGCUCAGAGUGUCAGCACCUUUUUUGGCAACCCUGUCCAAGCGAAUGUUCUCGCGUUCAGGACUCAGGCGUCGACACUCACUGGCCGCAAGGUCGCGAUGUCCUCUCUCGGGGGGAACUUGAGCUCCACACUCCCCUUCGUCCAGGCGGCGGCGCAGCCCCUCUCCUCCUCCCUCAACAACCGCGGCCCCCGCGCCGCGCUGUACACGCUGGAGCGCAGCUUCUGCACCAACGGCGCCCGGCAGGCGACCGUGGGGGCGACCCUGCCACCUACGACCCCGGCAGCAACAGCGGCGCCGACCCUCGGACCGACGCCGGCACCUACGGCGGUGCCGACCAACGGACCGACGAGCACCGCACCCGCCGCGACGUUCAGCACGUCUCUUCAACAGCCGGUUUGCCUCAACGAGUAUGCGUUGUUCUCCACCACCACGUUCGACUUCAACCUGCAGUCCCCGCCUGCGGUGUACAUCAUCCAGGCGAACGAGACCGCCGGCGUCAAGGUGAUUUCUGAGGACAAGGUCAACUUCGACGUCAUCAACAUCGCAAACUUCUCGGUGUUGCAGCCCGUGUCGUCGCCGGCUCUCAACCUCACGGCUCCGGGCAUGCCGGAGGGCACGCCCGUGCUGAUCGACGCGGCGCACGGCCUCACGGUCACGCUGCAGUCCGUCCAGGUCAACCCUCCGAACCGCCCCUUCGCCAACCCCAACUUCGCCGCCGGCGGACACGCGUACAGCCUGACCCUCGACCUGUCGGACCCGCUGGACCCGUCCCAGCCGACGUUCACGGCCGCGCAGUGGGUCCUCGGCGACCAAGCGGCCUUCCUGUGGGGCUCCGGCACCCCCGGGAACAUCUACCUCGGGGAGAUCGGAUCUGCCGCGUCGCAGUGCGAUAUGUCCGGGUCCACGUGGGCCUGCAGUUUCACGAACUUCACCCGGGCGAAUUCGGCUGUGCCGCCCAAUUACGGGGGCAGCGGUCCGGCGCCGUGGCGCUUCGUGUACCCCACGCACCUGAACGUGGAGGCCGUGUUCGACGGCACGUCGACGAGCCCCAGCGCUCUUCUUGGAUGGUUUGUCUCGGUGGGCGACGUGAUGCUCAUGGGGGGCACGAACCCGGGCACCAACGGCAUCUACGGCGUUGGCGUUCGCAUCUUCUGGGUGGACUACAAGGCCUACCGGGGCGGCAUCCUCACGGGCAACCUGGCGUCACAGGCGCCCUGGCACACCACCCCGGGGUCCCCGAACGCGAACAACCCCACGUCCUGCACCGCGGGGAACCGCGCGGACUGUUUCCCCAAGGCCAUCGUCCCCUUCAUCUUCCAGGACACCGUCGUCGGCCGCGACGGCGAGUCCCGCGCCACCAACGCCCUGGUCAACGUAACGGUGCCUUGGGUCGGACGCGGCAUCGGCAGCGACGGGUCGCGGCCGCUGCGCAGCAGCGUCGUGUGGGGACAGUCCCAGCGGGACGCCACGAAGGUCCUGGUCGUCGCCACCGCGUCCUGGGGCGACCGGCUCAACAGCUUUGACAACUUCCGCGGGUCCUUCUGGGUGAUCCCGACGGCAAACAACACGUUCAACAACCUUGUAGUCGCGUUCAACACCUUCGACGGCCCGCUGAUCAAGGCUUCGGAGGCCAUCUUGGGCCCUGACAGCGGGUGGGGGGCAGCGCUGGAGACCGACGGAGACCACAUCUUCGCGCUGGACGGUUACACGGACCUGGUGUACUACUUGCCGUGGAACAUCCUCACCAUGAACUACUCCGCUGGCAUCGAGCCCUACCCGCCCACGAACUUCCGCUCGGCGGGGGCGUUCAACCUGACGGCAGCAAAUGCCGCCGCGGGCUUCACACUCGGGCAGUCGGGCUGCUCGGUCAUCCAGAAGGACCGCGCGGACCCGGAGUUCCUCGGCAUGGUCGUCGGGUGCCAGGGCGGCUUGGGCACCUACUCCUUCCUGGCACGCCCUCGCUUCAACUUCAGCACGCAAUCGUGGUCCCACCCGGCGGUCCGCCCCUGGCUCGUGACCCCGGGCGGAGGCCUCUCGUUCUUCUACUUCGGCUCGCAGUUCGGCGGCGACGCCAUCUCGUUCUACGCAAGCGGCCUCCUCGUCGGCCUGCCGCAGCUCGACAACCAGAACUUCCCGGAACUCGGCCCGCUCGGAUCGUUCCCGCGCGUGCGCUUCACAUCCAUCGACCCGGGCGAGCGGCCCACCAACGACCCGCCCGGGCGGCUCAACUCGUUCACCGUCUUCAGCGUGGACUACAAUGGCAACGGGCUCGGCAUCGGGACGGAGGUGGCGCUCACCGCGCCGCGGUCGAACAGCGUGAGGUCGGGCCUGACCGGCUUCUACGUGGGGUCGCGGAAGUCCGACUUCUUGGCGACGGGGUUCCCGGAAGUGCGGCGCUACAUGCUCGCCUUUGACGUGCAGUGCCAAACUGCCGUCGCGCCCACCACGCCGGCGCCCACCGUCCCGACGUGCUCCUUCCCGGGCUUCGUCGCAGCCUCGCCGGACCCCCUCAGUCCGUCCGUCGAGCGUUACUCCCCCUUCGACACCAUCUACCAGAUCAUAAGUGGGGGGGAGUUCCCCUGGAACGGCCCCAACCCGCCGACGACGUACACGCCGCCCGCCAACGCGCCGCAGCUCGCGCCCCCCAACAGCCCGAUGCCGCCCGGGCAGGCCUCGUCGGCGUACCGCGGGCAGGAGGUGUUCACCGCGCAGGGGCGGUUCGGGCUGUCAGUCACGGCGGGGUCGGUCCCCGCAGACGCGACGCGGAACCCGGCGCUCAACCCGGCGUUCCAGGGGCCCGAGCCGGCCACGACGUACGCGAUCAGUUUGAAUCUUCUGGACGAGAGCGGCAACCUGCUCCCGCUGCUGACGUUCCAGAUGGGCGACGAUCAGGGCCGGGUGUGGGGCACGGGCGCCACGGGCACGUACUACGGCGACCUGAGCUUCAACGCCACGGGCUGCAACUACAGCCCGAACGGCACGUUCGUGUGUUCGCCGAUGGAGAGCGCAACGAAGCAGCUGGCGCUGUCCGGCUCGAGCGCUCCAGGGACGGCGCCGCACGCGUGGCGCCACGCGUACGUCACGGACCUGCAGGUCCGUGCGGUGCACGACCUCGUCACGGGCAACAACCAGGACGCGACCACGCUCCUGGGGUGGGUCAUCACCGCGUCAGACGUGCUGGUGUCGGGCAACGCGACGGUCGGCACCAACGCGCACUACGCCACGGGCAUGCGGCAGUUCUACUUCGACUUCAGGGCCUUCGCGGAUGCCAUCUUGACCGGGGAGGUCUCCAGCGUUGAGUACCCCUACCAGGGGACCAUGCCGCGAUCCCCCAACCCUCGGACGUGCACGCCGGGCGACCCGGCGGGCUGCGCAGCGAUCACCCUGACGCACCUGCAGUCCCGGCAGGAGUACGUCGGCAAGGACACCACGGCGCCGCCCCCGAUCACGAACACCACAGCGCCGCCAACGAACUUCAGUGGCGCGGUGCCCUGGUUCGGCAACGCGUACAACAACGCGACGCAGUCGUUCCCGAUGCGCAGUACGGGUACCGCGGGGCAGUCGCGCCAGGCCGGCGCGGUGAACACGUUCUACACGUUCACGUGGGGCAACCGCACCCAGGGGCUCAUGAACAUGCGGCACAGCCUCUGGCUGCCGCCGCUGCCGGCGAGCCUCUCGGCCGCCCUCGCGAACGCCACGCUCACGAAGCGCCACGCGCGGCGCCUGUCCGCCGUCGAGAGCCUGCCGCUCGUCAGGGGGUUCCUCGACACGAAACAAAGCCUGGGCGCCUUCUUUUCGUCGUUCAUUCCGCCCCUAUUCUCGUACGACUUCCGAACGGGCGAGACGGGGGCCAUUGGCGCAAUCUCGCAGACCCUGCAUGGCGGUUCGUACUCCAUGGCGGGGCGCACCCUCAUGUUCACUGGCGACGUCCUGGUCGUGCCCGAUCCCCUCGUCAGCCGCGUCCACUACUUUCAGAUCCUCCCGGGCGGCGCGCCGGCUGCAGGAAACUACUCGCCCUACCCGCCGCCCAGCGGCAACUUCGGGUCGCCGGCGACGAUCACCAUCCCGUCGUCGCGCGGGACGCGCUGCGGACAGGACGUCGCAUACAUCGAGAACGGGGGCGGCCUGCUUGUCAUCGGGUGCCCGACAGACACCGGUGGCGGCGUACUGACGUUCAGGGCGGCGUUCGCGAACCCGACGACCGGGAACCUGGACAGCUUUGGCCUGAAGCCCUUCACGCUCCUCGGCCCGGGCGGCAGCAACUUCAUCGACUCGCCGUACUCGCGCAGAACGAGCCUGCCGCAGAACGGCCGCCCGAGCGCGGACGCCGCGUUCGGCCAGAGCGUGGCCAUCUUCGGCAACGUCUUCGUCGUCGGGGCGCCGCACGCCAACACCGGGGCCGCGUCCUCCCUGCGCGGCAACGGCGGCGCCAUCCACGGGUACCUGUACGACACCGCCAUGGUUGCCGACGACGCGCCGCAGAGCGUCGGCGUCGCCGACUUCUUCAGCGUGUCGCAGGACGCCUCCGCAGGCGUGCGAUUCGGUGCCGACGCUGCGUUCUACGUCACCUCGCGCGGCGACGGCUUCCUGAUCGCGAGCACGAUGGCCCUGCCGGCCAGCGCGAAGCCCACCGUGCGCCUGUACCAGAUCACGCCCUUCAACUGCUUCGCGCCCACGGCCCCGCCGAGCCUGGUGGAGCCCGUCGCGACGGUGCCCGUGGUGACCGCCCCGAUCGUCUUCCCCACGCCGCCGCCCGCGACGCUGCCGCCCUCGGACGUCGCGCCCCCGAUAUUCAACCGUCAGACGCCGUCGGGGGUCCGCGCGGUGACGUGUCCGGUCCAGGGCGCGGUGGUCAACAACUUCGCGAACUCGCUCCCAGCCGGCUCCCUCUUCCCGGUCAACGGUACGCUGCCCGGCGAGCCAGGGGGGCUCAAGGCGUACGGGCUGGACGGCAUCGCCUCGCGAGCGCAGUACCACCGGCAGGCGUACACGAGCGGGUUCGGCAACACGCUGGUGAACGGGUCGAACGGCACGUGGGUGGACGUCGUCGGCAACAAGACGUGGCGGUUCGACAUGCCGCAGCAGCAGUUCAUGGACGCCGAGUUCGGGGCGCACGUGUCGGUGUUUACGUUCCACACCCCUGUCGAGGCGCGGGUGCAGGCGCCGAGCUUCCUCGCGGCGACGUGGUCGCUCACGCUGACGGUCUACGUCGAGAGCGAGCGCCGGUGGGUGAGCGUGCACGCCGGCACGUUCGGCGGAGACCUCCCCAGCCAGGGCCUCGGCACGGCGGUGGGCGACAUGGACGGGGCCGGCGCGGACGUGCCGCCGCUGUACGCGUGGACGCACUCGUUUGCAACGGACGUGUCGAUCACGCCGUUCUACGACGGCCGCGCCGAGACGGCGGAGAAUCUGGUUGCGUACGAGAUUGUCGUGACAGACAUGCUGUUUUCUACCCGGGGCUUCGACAUCGCCGGGCAGAGUGACGCCGGGUCGGGCAUCUGGGGCCGCGGCGUGCGGUACUACCUCUUCGACGUGCAGUCGUUCCUCAGGGCGCGCCAGACGGGCACCCAUCCCGCGCCCAACACCGGUGCGGAGUCGGCGGCGUGCGAGAGCGACGACGCGUGCGGCGCGCUCUCGCUCUUCGAGACGGGCACGUGGGAGCAGUUCCUGUUCACUGCCACGGCGUGGAGCUCGAACUUCACCGACCUGGACACGCGGCUCCCGCAUCAGUUCUCCGCGCAAGGCUUCACUGGGACGACCUACCUCGUGGGGCGCGGCGGCGAGAUGACCAAGGUGUCGAUCGGCCGCAACAGCACGGCGUCGCUGGCCGUGUCCACCGUCGACGGCUUCGGCAGCCACGACAGCAACGCCUUCAAGAACGUGUGGGCGGGCGCUGUCGACAACACUUACGUGGCGGGCCUCACGCGUGGCAGCGGCGCGAGGCCCUUCCAGCUCACGCGGUUCCGCGACGCCCUGCAGAACGCCACCGCCGCUCUCGGGUUCUUCUCGAACAGCGCCUUCAGCAGCGUGCGAGUGCACGACGUCGCCACCGACGGCAAGUACGUCUGCCUGACGGUUCAGCGCACGGCCAACUCGCUCACCGCCACGCACACCGGCACCCUGCUCUGCGCCACGAUCUCCAUCUCGCGGACGGGCAGUUCGAACACCGCUACCGGCAUCCAGGCGACGGUCGUCGCCAGCGGCAUCCACACCAAGGGGAUCCUGCCGUCGGUCCUGUCGUCCUCCUCGGAAGGCACCCGGCGCACGUUCCGGGUCUCCAUGGCGCGGAACUCGCCCUACAUCGCCGUCGCCUCGCCCGGCGGCAGCGGCCAGGGCGGCGUGCUCGUGUACAAGAAGCCUGCGAGCCUCGGGGGCGUGGUGCAGAACAUCACGCAGACGACCGGGUCGGCGAACACGCUCACGAUCCCCGCCGUCGUCGGCGAGGACCUCUUCGGGCAGGAGCUGAUGGUGGCAGGGCGCGGGGUGGCGAUGAUGUCGGUUCCCGCUGGAUUCCAGUACAGCCGUUCGACGCUGCACGGGUACACGAUCGCGGAGUCGGGCGGCCUCGGGUCCGCCACGCUGUACACGCAGCUCAAGAUGACGGCGAGCAGCAGCGCUGCGUUGCAGCGCAGCACGUUCUCGGCCGGUCUGGACCUGCAGACGUUGGUGAUUGCUGGCGGCAUGGGCGGGGCCUACCUGCACGUCGACACGUUCUGCUCGCCGCCCGCGACGAACAUCACCGUGGACCAGGUGCUCAGGACGCCGAUCAACGCCACGGUCUUCGCGACGGGCGUUGUGUUCCAGCCGCUGUCGACAAUCGGCGACGCGGCCGCGUCCGCGCCGAACGACCGCGGGUCCGCGCUCAGGACGUCGAUCCAGGCCCUCGUCAACGGCAUCGCCGGCGUGUCCGCCAACGGCGGCGCCACGGUCACCAUGAGGGCGGUCUUCCCCUAUUACUCCACCAGGCUCCCCGUGAAGCGCGCCCGCGGCCUCCUGCAGACCUCGGCCGUCACGGGCGCGCUCGUCACGUUCUCCGUCGGCGGGCCCGCCGUGUACGCCAACGGCGCCGCGGGCGUCGCGGCCUUCGCAACCAGCCUGCGCAACGCCAUGCGCGCCGUCCCGCUGAGCGGCUACAACCCCGCGGGCACGGUCUUCUUCAACUCGAUCACCGUCUCGAGCAGCCUGCUCGGCUUCCCCGCCAGCGCGAUCCCCGCGCAGCCGCGCCCGCCCGUCGAGGUGCGGUCCAGCAACCCGGGGCAGUUCAAGGCCACCGUGCAGCCCGUGAACGGCCUGGCCAGGGUGCUCGACUCGACGACGAGCCAGCUCAACGACCAGGGCCUGAACGAGCUCUCGCCGACCUCGGCCCAGCAGUACGCGUGGGUGCGCGGGUCUGACAGCUUCUCGGUGAUGGUCACCAUCCAGUCGGACGCCGACGCGGUGCCGACGACGAGCUCGUUCACGACGAACGGCCUGACGGUGACGGCCGUGACGCCCGCCGGGACCAACGCGUACAUGGUCACUGCGACCAUCGACGAGACCUUCGAGGGCACCGCGACGCUAAACCUCGCCGCCGGGGCGCUCCGGGCGUCGGACGGGCGCACGAACGACCUCGGCGCGAGCUUCAGCGUUCUCGUCGACCGCUCGCCGCCCGUGCCGUCGCUGGCGCUCGUCCCCGCGUACUUCUCGGACCCCAUUCUGCGGUUCGAGAUCAUCAUCGCUGGCGGGCCCAUCAUCGUGCCGCCGUCGUUCGAGGGGCGCAUCGUCGUGGAGGGCACGGCGCAGACGAGGCAGCUCGCCGUCACGGUGGUCUCGCCCACGCGGCUGCGCGUGCUGUUCGAGCCCGCGGCCGCGGGGGACUUCACCAUCACUAUCCCGCCCGGGGCGCUCACGGACACGGCCGGGAACACCAACGGCCCGAACCCGACGGUCGCGAGGACGACAUUCAAGGAGGCGACGGUGAGCCGGGCUGCCACGGAGGACGCGACGACCUCCGUGGCCGUUGCGGGUGCGGGUGCCGGUGCCGCUGCGGCGGCCGGUGCGGCGGCGUCCAGCGCGGCGGCCGGAGCGGGCGCUGCGGCGGGUGGUGCGGCGGGUGGCGGCGCGGCCGGAGCAGGCGGCGGCGCGGCGGGCGGCGGCGCGGGCGGCAGCAGCGGCGGCGGCGGCGGCGGCGGCGCGGGCCUCACCAUCAUGCUCGGGACGAUCCAGAAGCUCAAGAUGGUGUCGAACAGCGAGGAGCCGUCCAACCCGGCCAUGCUGUCCGCCGCCGGGUGCUCGGCCGAGCCGUUCAUGGCCAAGGGCAUCGUGUUUGGCGACGACACCAAGAAGAGGGACUGCGUGCCUCCCGAAGAGGACCUCGCGAACGCCACUCCCGUGCCGGGCGCCGUCACGUCCCUCCUCGGCCGCCGCCUGCAGGCCCUGGGCAAGACGCCCGCGGGCUCGCUCAUGCCGCGCCGCGGCCACCUGCACUUGAGCUACCCCGCAUACGCCGGCGACGCCCUCGGCCCGCGGGCGCGCGUGCUGCACGCGGACUCGUACCGCCGCCGGCAGAUCCAGAAGAACAUUCUCGGGCUGACGCAGUCGGACGUGGACCGCAUGCUGCGCAACCCGCGGCGCCACGCUGAGGGGCUGCACGGCCUGUACACGGUGUGCAUGUUCUACAGCCCGGAGGUGGCGGAGCGCGACGGCCUGCCGUGCCUGGACAUCCGCGCGGCGUACGAGAGCGGCGAGCGGCCGUACGGGCACCAGCACCGCGGGUUCUGGGAGACGGCCAAGCACGUGAUCCUCGUCGAGGUCUGGGGCCGCGUGCACACCGAGUUCUUCGGCCGCCCGCCGCGGUACGCCGUGGAGGCGUGGGCCAAGGACUACUACUCCUCCGGGUGGGGCGUCCGGCACCUGUCGUGGCAGGUCCUCCCCGGCGACCGCGUGACUCCGGAACACCGCCGCCAGCUGCUGCAGUCGGGCCAGGAGGCCGCCGCGGCGGCGUCCAACGUGAGCGUCGACGACGACGUGGACCGGCUCUUCCUCGCCACGGGCGAGCAGAUCCUCAUCAUGAUCGUGCUGUUUGGCGUGGCGACGCUGGUCCAGAUCCUCGCCACCGUGGUUUGGGGCCUCAAGUACGCCAGGACGGGCCGCAAGCCGUGGUACCCCGCGCAGCUGCUCUUCCCGCGGCUCCAGAUCUACACGCUCUACUUCUUCGUCCCCGCGCUCGCCGAGACGGCCGGCGCGCUCAUCAAGGACGACCGCGACGGGCAGCAGGCGCUCGGGUGGAUCAUCAUCUUCCUGGUGCCGAUUCCGAUGAUCCUGUACUGCGCCUGGAUGGUGUACUCGACGCAGGUCGCGCUGGACUCGUUCCACCGCGGUAUCUUCUACGAGGUCGACGAGGCGGAGGCGGAGGAGCACUGGAAGGGCCGCAAGGUUGGCCCGUGGUCGUCGCUCGGCAUCUGGCGGCGCGCGCCCGAGGGCGAGUGGCGCGCGCGGAACAAGACCGAGAUGAACGUCUUCAUGCGCUUCGGCGUCAUCUUCGAGGACUACCACGGCCCGUACGUCGUCCGCAAGAACUGCACCUGGGAGCUCGACCCCAACAUCAAGCGGUUCAACCGCGGGUACCUCGAGACGUGGUACCCCGGCGGAAAGUACUCGGCGUUCCGCACGUUCAUGAUGUACGGCACCGCGUUCAACGCCCCGCUGCGCGUGGUGUUCAUGUUCCUCCUGGCGCUUGUGUCGUCGGUGUCCGACCCGACGGAGGGCGACGCGCAGAUGGCCGGGUUCAUCAUCCUGAUGAGCGUCAACAUCCUCCUCCUCGUGACCUUCCAGCCCUACGCCGCGAACCUCGACCAGCUGAUCGACGUCCUGCAGUCGGUGUGCGAGUACGUCGCGGUGUGGCUCAUCCUGGCCAUCAUCAUCGCGGUCGAGACCAUCUCGGACCCCACGGACCGCGCGGACACGGCCAAGACCCUCGGCGACAUCCUCAUGAUCUUCCUCCUCGCAGGGUUCGCCCUCAACCUCAUCUCGCAGAUCUACGACGUCACGACGGAACUCAUCGACUUUUUGCUCUUCUCGACCUCCCUCCGCGAGAAGCGCCUCGAGGACGUCCGCGAGGUCGUCGAGGAGGAGUCCCGCGCCGAGCGCGACCACCUCCUCGGCAAGAAGUACGCCAAUCGCUGGAUGCUGGCGGUGCUGAAGCGGCCGGCGGAGGGCUGGCCGCGGCUGGGCCCGCUGACCGACGAGGAGGAGGUGUACUGGCAGAGCGUGGUCGCGCAGCACCGCGUGGGGCUGUACAGCUCGGCGCGGUUCCGUUUCGGCGGGCUCACUUCCAGCCGUAAGCUCAAGGUCGGCGGCAGCGACGGCAACGGCGGGGGCACGGCGAAGACCGAGGACGAGGCGGACAUGGCGGUGCGGAUCGCGACGGAGCGGCUGAAGGCGUCGUACGCGCGCGCGCAGCGCCGUGAGACGCGCAUCAAGGGCGCGGCGGCGCAGUGGAAGCGCGUGGCGCUGUCGGGACGCACGGUGUCGAGAAAGAUGCAGUACGGUGUCCGGAGCAUGACCAAGAGUGGCAGGGAGAAGAGCGGCAACGGCAAGGAUGCUGCUGCCGAGAGGGAGGACAGCUUCCACUCCGCGGGGGAUGUCGUGCCCGACGUUUAA